ACAAAAUUUUAGUGGUUUUAUUGGUGAAUAUCUCAUGGCUUGAAUGUUUUACUCUCUCAAAUAUGAUUUUUUUGAGAAAUUUUUAAUUAAUUUCUUAUAGUCUAGGGUAAGAUCAAAAUUGUAAGUGGGAAUACUAGUCUCAGUAUUUGACAUCUUCCAUCGACAGGAAUAAAUAGAAAAAAAAAAUUUGCUUGCCAAGUGCCGACAUGUUGCAUUUAACCUGAAAAUUAGAAAAUUCCCAAUAAUUUCCUUGCGAGUUUCAGUUUUUGUGAUUUACUAUUAAGUACUAAAAUGGAGGGGUUUGAAAUAAAGAUAACCAACAGUAAUAAGGGUAAGGGGUUGUUUGCUACCAAGAAGUAUGAUCCAGGUGAUAUUAUCCUCGAAGAAGACCCGAUAGUCUCGUGCCAAUUCGCAUGGAAUGCAGCUUACAGAUACUUAGCUUGCGAUCAUUGUAUGAGGCCUUUAGAAACACCGGAACGUAAUGUGAGACGUCUUUCCUGCAAGUCGGAUAUUGUGCUGCCCCAUGCAGACUGCGUUGAGAUGAACCUUGUUGAAGCUACUGGUUGUGAUGAAUGCGAGGCUCUGUAUUGCUCCGAGCUUUGCAAACAGCAGGCCUAUGUUACGUACCACAGGUCAAUGUGCCACGAUUCAUUAGAUGCCCUGCAUCCAAUGACUGUAGUAUUGGAGGAGUGGAAGCAAAUGCACUACCCACCAGAGACAACAAACAUAUUGCUCCUGAUUCGAAUAUUGGCUUAUAUAAAUCAAAAUUCAGACCCAGCUGCUGCAGCAGCUAAGAUUAAACAGUUCUGUCACCGCACUGUGAAUGAAGAUGCAGAAUUGAUCCACAAGCUACUCGGUGAACAGUUUGCCGUUCAACUGAACAGGCUGCGGGAGCUAACCGCAGCUGUUAUUGAUGGCGAUUACAUACAGGAUUUCCUAACGCCAGAAGGUUUUUGUGCUCUUAUGGCACUGGUAGGUACUAAUGGACAAGGCAUCGGAACCAGUCCGCUCGCUAUGUGGGUGAAUGCAGUGUCCGAGUUGACAAUGUCGGAUGAUGAGAGAAAACAGAUCAACCUGUAUAUUGAUAAACUGUAUCAAUAUGUGGAGGAAGAAUCUGGAACAUUCCUGAACACGGAAGGCUCUGGUCUAUUCGAACUGCAAAGUGCGUGCAAUCACAGCUGUUCGCCAAAUGCGGAGUCGUCGUUCCCGUACUCCAAUCACAGGAUACAAUUGAAGGCUCUGAAGACCAUCAUGCCUGGUGAUGAGAUAUGCAUCAGUUACUUGGAUGAAUGCAUGAUUCAGAGGUCCAGGCAUUCUAGACAGAAAGAACUGGCUCAGAACUACCUGUUCAAGUGCUGGUGCGAGCGGUGCACGUCCCAGGCCGCGGAUCCUGACGUCACCAGCGACGAGGACAUGAGCGAGGACGAGCCCGACGACGUCGAUUGAUGCUCCAACCUGCUCGCACUCUGCCUGCUCGGGGUCUGAGCGGGAGCGAGCCUACGGACAUAGUGGAAGUGAUCAGUGCAUGAAGUGUAGUGUUUAGAUCAAUGUUUGUCAUCGAUAUAAAACUAGUUUUCGUAUGUUAUCGCGGUUUUUUUGUUUUAUUUUACUGUUGACAGUCUUUGGACCAUGAAGGCAGUUUUAGAAAUGUCGAAAAAACGCGCGAAUAUUCCGAAAACUAGUUUUAUUUCGACUUGAAUGAGUGAUAAGCAAUUACGGUCUAAUGAAUGUAUGACUACAAUGCUAAGUGUGAUCAGUGUUUAUGUAGACUUUAAGAUAAUUAUUAAGAGGAAGUUACAUUAUAUUUGUUGUAAUAGAGUAUACAUUUGUAUAUUUUGUAUUUCAGAGUUUUUUUUAUAUUUAUAGUUUGUUAUUUAUAUUUUUACGCUAAAAGUACAUUUCAAUUUCAUGUUUAGCUCGAAUUUAUUUCAAUACUACAUUUUCGUCCUCAUUGUUUUAGUGUAGAUAUUUACUAAGCUACGGCCACACUAAUGUUAAUGUCUAACGUUUAUUAUCACAUUAAAUAAGGUGUAAUAACUUUGCCAAUACCCCAAUGGAAGCCUGUGAAAUUGACAUGAGACACGACUACGCCAUGCUUAGCCAAAGUUCCACCACAAAUAAUGUGAUAAUGAUAGUAUGGCCUAUGAAAUAAUAGUGUGGCCUCGGCAUUCAGCUAAAAUUAUCCGUAGCUUAUGCAGAGAGCGCGGUAGUUUUAGCUUCAAUGAAAGAAAUUUGAUGUGCAUUGUUAGAAUAAGGUAGUAUUGUAUGUGCAUCGAAUAUUUGGCUAAUUAUGAAUGCGUUUGACAAAUUCAUAAAAAAAUGGUGAUAAUAGUAUAAUUAUUUGGAUAUUACGCUUGUUAAAAUUGUUAGUUUUGUGUGGAAAAAAAUAAUCUUUUAUCUUUAAACCGAUGUUAAGUUUUUUGAUGUAUAAGUACUAUUGGAACCACAUAACACAAGAAUAAGGUUAGAAUGCUAAUCGUGCGCAAUUAGUGCGAGUUCAUGAUGUCAAACGCACACUAAUACAGAUAAUGCAAUGCUCUCAUCGGUAAACACAAACACUACAUAGCGUAGGCAAAGGCACUAAUACUAUACCACUAAAGAUAUAUGAUGAGCCAAUGCUGGUACUAAUUGUUAGACAACGAUUUCUAAGUCUUGUGCUUUGUGACUGGACCACCCUUUAAAAAUAUUUUGUUUGCUUUAAAUCUACAAUGUCCUAGUAAGAUGUACAAUAUAAUCUCAAAUAUAUAGAGUAGUAUUUGUCUAUUAUGAUAUUUAGGUUUUCGAAAUCGGUUUAUGUAUAAGUACUUAUAAUACGCUCAAGUGGUACUUUUUGUAUUUAUAUGGAUAAAUAUCGAAUUUGACAAGGCCUACUGCAAUAAUAAUGGCCUAAGUAGAAAGUAGUUUCGGUGUCUAGUGACAUUGGUGUAAUGAAUGUCAAAUUAUAGCAACAAUAUAAUAAGUGUAGCAUGAAAACAAUGUAGUAAUUGAUGUAAGUGAAUAUCGAUAAACGUUUCAAGCAUCGGAGAGUAUCGAUAAUGUUAUCGAUUAAACGGACGUUAUUUAAUAAUUGGAUUUUUUAAACUACGUGCUAAGUAAGUAAUACCAUCGUCUAGAAAUUCUGCGUACUCAUUUGAUUCGUAACAAAUAAUAGGGUAGUUUUGUACAUUGUUUUAUAUGUAACAGAAGCUAAUACUAAAAAGAAAUUCUAUUAAAUUAGCAUCACAUUGGUUAAAAAAUAAAACAGUUAUUCAUAUUUGAUAUAUUAUUGUGAGCAAAAGUGGGGGAGUGUUGGUGUUAUGUGGCUCUCUUUUCCACGCAUGCAGCGUUAUAACUGGUGACACUCUGUGACGUCACAAUUUCCUAUUACUGUUUGACAUACCUUUUCCACUAAAUUUCAAAGUUUUAUAACUUAUUUACUAUUGCGUGGAUUUUGAAAAGUCUUCUGUAAUAUUUUGGAUGACAUACAUUUUCGUAAUCUUAUUAUCGGUAUCGAUAUUUUGUAGCCAUGUAUGGAUAAGUUAGAUGGUUCGAAGAUCAAAUAAAGCUGCAAAAAGUUUUAACUGGAAAACUAUUUUAAUAAUAAAAAAAAUACGUUCUGGCGGGACUUGAGAGGUUACGCGACCAUCUUUAAGUAAAAAAAAUGGUUUUAAAAUGUUUACUUAUAAAAUGAACUCUCUCUACUGUGUCAUCUCGAUUUUACUGAUUUUUACGACAUUACGGCGAAGUAAGUAACCUUACGUAUGUAUGUAAUAUGUAUCCAAUUUGUUCCACUUUCAAAUCGUUACUGAACCGUUAUUGAUAAAUGAGGUGUCUAUCGAUUCGUUUUUAUAGUGCGAUGGUUAUGGGCUAUAUUUCUCUAUUACUUCUGUAUGUCACCAUACAUCCAUCUGUUAAUAUAAACUAGUAUAUACCAAUACUACAUUUGGGUAUUAAAUUAUUCAAGAUGUCAAUUUAAUCGUAAGGUAAGAGUAGCAUCGUAUGCAGGUAAUGUCACCCGAAAGUAUUAUUUAACAGUAACAUAUUACAAUAAUAUGUAAGUGGCAAUAGUAAGAUCUCGUAUUGAUCGUAAUUUUUAGCUUAAAAUAGCUUACUAUACAUGAUAUUUUCGUGUCCGAUAGCAGAAUUUCAUUUGGACAAGAAAAAAAAUAGCCUUUUUUAUGUAUGCACCCGUGUGCUUAGAAAAUGGUAAAAAACGCAAUACGACUCCGUUUCGCCUUAUUGUGAUUUUUCUUUUUUUAUAUUAUGGCUGCCAUUGUUUAUUUAUCGGUGAUUUUGCCAAUGUCGAGUAAUAAUAGAUACAAAACAAAAAGUGACUAUAAAAUCAGAUCGCCAUUUUGAGAAACCUUAUUCUGAUUGAUUGAGAGACCAACAUGUGACUGACGUAUUGGUCUCUCGAUCAAUUACAAACAUCAGAAUCAAACAUCGACUUACGAAGCAGGUUUUUUUGAGACAUUCUUUGGAAGCUGAGCUCUUGCCGGCCUAUGCAUAAAAUGCACGUUAUCGGAUCAUUAAAAGUGGCUAAUAGUAUUUUGCGACUGGAUGUAUAAAGCAGCAGACCGAGCUCUGUGGUGUACCUUGGGAGAGGAUUAUAUCCAGCAGUGGAGUACAGCGGGCUGAUGAUGCCGCUGUACUAAUAUAUAAAUUUGCAUGCUGUGGUCUCCUAUAAUUGAAGAGGCACGUCACAUUGUUAAUUGUACCAAUAUUACGACAUUGUAUUUAUUAUAUGCCGUGUAUCCUUUGUUAGAGGUCCUUAAAUAAAUAGAUAAACAUUAGUUUAAACAAUUAUAGACAGUCUACAGUUCUACAUGAGGUCAAAAUUAGUCACGAGAUAAAAUUUUGUAUACGCAAUACGUCUAAUGUUAAGUAGAUGUUACCAGGGUACUGAAAUGUGCCAAGUAAUUUACAUGAUAUUUUAGGAUAUGACUUAUACUCACUAUGGACAGAUUGGUCAUUGCAUCAAGGGGAGAUAUAUUUUGUGGGACGUAUUUUACUGAUUGCUUUUCCCCCGGUUUUUAAAAGCAAGAUGAUAAUUGUGCGCUUAAAAAAGGAGAAGUCAAAAAUUGAUUUUAAUAAUGUUAAAGUAAAAUGGAUAUGAGACCCUGAUCUAUUGUUAAAUCGAGUUGAAAUGUAUUGCAUUUUUAAACGUCCUGUAUAAGAUUGUAAUAUUUCGUGCAGCUACAAUAUAUCGAAAUUAUGAAUUGACAUCGGAAGGUACAUGAGAUGUAUUUUUGUCGUAAAUAAAUAAAUGUGAAAUAA